UCUUCAGAUACAGUUUACCAGGUAGUCCCUUUGACCUACUAGGCAUGAUUCGCACGUUGAGAGUAUCGAUUUUUAAUCGAUUACCCACUUUUUUUUUUUUUGUUUUCUCAAUAUAGUGGCGGUUGAAUGUUCAAGUCAUUCCUUUUUUCUGCGAGGCAGCGAACGCACGUAUUUACAAUACUAGUUCAAAAAUUGUUCUUUCCGUGUAUAUUAUAACGAUUAGUAUGCCUAAAAGGAAGCGUGAAGAUAAGAUUGAGCGUUAUAAACGCAAAAUCGAGAAACUUAAAGCAAAGCGUAGAAGAGUUAUAAAUACUUCGUCAGACGACUCGGAUAAAACAGAUAACGAAAAUUUGGUCGAAACCGUUAUAGACCCACAAGCUACGCCUGAUGUAUCAGUAACUAACCCAGAAGGGAGCAAUAUAGGAGAGGGUAGUGAAGAGCAGGCACCUGACCUGGACCCAGAUAUCUUAUCCGCUCUAGGCGAAACAAUCGAAGAUAUACCGACGUUAGGGCCAAAAAUUCAUGAUAAAUUGUCGAGCCUUUGGUUACCUAUCCUUAAAAAAGGUAUAAACAAGGAAACAAAGGAAAAGCUCCUUAAGGAGUACACAAUUCCUGAAAAUUGUACCCUAUUACAGGCGCCGAAACUAAAUCCAGAAAUCUCGGCCGCAGUUACCGAGGCCGCACGAUCUCGGGAUAAAAGGGUAGAAUCGGUACAGCAGCAACUAGGACAAGGUAUAGUUGCUCUUAACAAAGGCCUAGAACUGCUUUUAGAUGAUGGAAAAGAUCGGUUACAAGCCGUAAAAUUCUUAAGUGACAGCUGCCGUUUACUUUGUGAUCUACAUCAUCAUGAAACCGAAGCAAGAAAACGGUUUAUUACGCCAGGUCUUGACAAAUCUUUCCUAAAUAUUAUGCAAGACGUAGACCGUGACGAAAUGCUUUUUGGCAAUAAGCUUUCGGACAAAAUAAAAGCUACCAAAGUUAUUGAAAAGCACGGCUUGCAAAUAAAAAAGCCUACCCCUCAACCAAAGACUCCGCCUACGUUACCUCCAUACCAACCGUCGCGCCCACGCUAUCAGGGAAACUGGACGGGCCCUCCUCGUUUCCCUCCGAACAGGGGGGGGAGGGGAGGGCAAAGGAAGACGACGGCACCCUCGAAUCGGAGAACCCAACCAGGCAGCUCUACACAUCAGAAGCCACCUGCACAACCCAAGAAGCCACGUGCAUCGGAUCAGCAGUAGAGAUCUCAUCACCGGCUUCAUCGCAGCCUUUCCCUGGGGGCCGCGCUGCUCUCAGGGAAGCAUUUACAAGAUUAAAUACACCGGAGGUAGCCCUGGAUCUUAUGUUAGCAUCUAUUUCCCACAAUACCAUGAAACAAUAUUCAUCGACUUAUAAAUUAUGGUGGUCUUUCUGUGAGAAAACCUCAAUUGAUAGUUUCGAAGCCCCCAUAUCAUCAGUUAUAGUAUUCUUAGUUAAUUUAUUUAAUGAAGGCGCAUCCUACGGCGCCCUUAAUAGUCACCGAUCAGCCCUAUCUUUACUCCUCGGGAAUAACAUAGGUUCUGAUGAGCGUAUCAAACGACUUUUAAAGGGCAUGUACAAACAAAAGCCAUCCCGUCCUAAAUAUGCUACUACUUGGGAUCCCAAAAAGGUACUAGACCAUAUUUCCAGUUGGUAUCCGAAUAAGGAAAUAAACUUAACUCAACUCACAAAAAAGUUAGCAAUAUUAUUAGCUCUGUGUACUUCACAAAGAGUACAAACACUAUCUGUUAUUAAAAUUUCCAACAUCAAUAAGACUCCUACUGGAAUAAAGAUUUUAAUAUCAGACAUUAUAAAAACCUCCGCAGCCAAUCGAGAACAACCUGUACUUUGGCUGCCUUAUUUUUUAGAUAAUCCAUGCAUAUGUCCAGCAACAACCCUUGAAGAUUAUCUUUCAGUUACAGCCGUAUCUCGAUCAGAUGAUAACGAUAAUCUAUUUUUGAGCCAUAAAAAACCGUUCAAAAAAGUUUCUUCUCAGACCAUAAGUAGGUGGAUAAAGCAGGUUCUUGCAGAGAGCGGCAUUGACGUCACCAUAUUUAGUGCUCAUAGCACUCGUCACGCCUCCACCUCGGCAGCGGCCUCUGCAGGAGUCUGCAUUGAGACCAUAAGAAGGACAGCUGGCUGGUCUAGCUCGUCUUUGACAUUCGCUAGGUUUUAUAACCGUCCAGUGGUCGAUUUAGAUACAUAUGCAAGAUCAGUAUUUGCUGUUGAUUAAAUAUUUAUAUAAUGAUUCACGCUAAAUAAUUAAUCAAAAUGUUGUAUAUUGAUUUAUCAUAAGAAGUUUGAAAUUAUGUUUUUUGGUUAUAAAAUAAAAGUUUUCUUCUGUA